CAUGACGUCAUCUGCGACGCUGUCAAGUAUCAACAUUUAGAUUGUUCGUUGUAUGUGACAUUUUUUUAACUUAGAUUUAUAGAAAAUGGAAUAAAUUCGAAUUCAGUUUUUUAAUGUGUUCAAAUAUAUUUUCAACAAAUUGUUUGUGAGCAGCGACGUUCAAGUUUUCUUACUAUUGCUAAAAAAAUAUAAACGGCUUAAUCGAAAAAUUUGAGUGAUAACAUGCAGAGAAGUGCAUAGAAAUUGAAAACAGAUAAUUCAUUGAAAGACAUGUUGGCAACAAAAAUUUUGAACCUGUGCUGUGUAGCAAUAUUUUAUUUGAAACAAUUUAACUGUUUUAAUUUAGAAAGUCGAUUACCUAUAAUAAAAUACGGCGACUUUAAUUCAUAUUUUGGAUAUUCGGUGGCAACACAUAUAGAAGUUGAUACAAGUGGACCAGAUGAACGAACAAGAUGGUUAUUGGUGGGCGCACCACUUGGACAAAACCUCCAACCAAAGACAAAUCGAUCUGGUGCGCUGUACAGAUGUCCUGUCACUCAGUCGUCUGGAGAUUGUGAACAAGUAAUAACAGAUGGAAGACGAUUGCCAGGAGGAAGAUAUGAAAAUGAAAUUUCUGCAAAUGAUGGAUUAAUGGAUUUGAUGCCACCGGAUGACACCGAAGAAAUAAAAAAUGGCCAAUGGAUGGGAGUAACAGUUCGAUCACAAGGAAUUGGCGGGAAGAUUCUUGUAUGCGCUCAUCGUUACAUCGCAAAGGAAAGCGAUGCUCAACAUGGUCAAGGUCUAUGUUAUCUACUUACAAAUGAUUUCAAUUACGAAGAUGUAAUUGAUCCUUGCAAAGGUCGACCAAAAACAAGGGCGCACGAAGCCUACGGUUAUUGUCAAGUCGGAACCUCUGCAUCUUUAUUUGAUGAUGAUACAAUGCUGAUUGGUUCACCGGGUCCUUACACGUGGAGGGGUGUUAUUUUCGUUACAUCAUUCUUGGAAGAUUAUUUAAAACGUGACAAGACUAUGUACUAUAGUAAACAUGAGGAAGAAAUCAGAGAGAAAUUAUUCGAUGAAAAACUAAAAAAAUAUAGUUAUCUUGGGAUGUCUGUUACUGGAGGGCGGUAUUUUAACGCCGACAUAGCAUAUGCUGCCGGCGCUCCCCGAUCAAACGAAACAGGACAAGUUUUUAUCUUUACAAGAGGAACUAUGAUGGCAAAUCCGAUGUACGAAAAAGUUAUAUUGAAUGGUGAACAAUUUGCGUCGAGUUUUGGCUAUGAGUUGACCACAGCUGAUGUCAAUGGUGAUGGUCUGCCGGAUCUUCUAGUGUCUGCGCCGUAUUAUUUCACCCGAGACGAUGGAGGGGCUGUAUAUGCCUAUCAGAAUGAAAACCAUGUCAUUCCAAAAAUGUAUACCACGAAAAUAACAGGAAAACUGGAAUCUCAUUUUGGAAUUGCUUUGGCAAAUGUCGGUGAUUUAAAUAAAGACAAUUGCGACGAUAUCGCUAUUGGAGCUCCCUAUGAAGAUGACGGUGUUGUGUAUAUAUAUCUUGGAUCUAGGAAUGGCUUAACUACAAAACCUUCGCAGAUCAUAACGGCAAAACAACUAGGCUUACUAACAACACCAAUUCAUACGUUUGGCAGUUCGAUUGCCGGUGGAAUCGAUUUAGACAGCAAUUCCUAUCCUGAUUUGUUGGUAGGAGCAUACGGCUCAUCAGCCGCAGUCGUUCUUCUAGCGAGACCAAUAAUUAACAUAAAAACAGAAGUCAGCAGUUUAGAAUUGAAAAAUAUUGACCCUUCAACACAAGGAUGCAUUAGUGAUCCUGGUUCAAAUUUGACAUGUUUUUCGUUUAAAGCAUGUUGUUCAAUUGACUCAUAUGAAUCAACACCACCCAAAAUGCUUGAAUUGGUAUACACAAUUGAGGCAGAAACAUUUAACAACAUGAAAAAAUUUUCACGAAUAUUUUUUGGACCCGACCUAAAAAAACGUAGCAACGUAGUGAAACGGAAUGUUCAAAUACAAACAAAUGGGAUACAACAUUGCAGUGAGGAAGUUGUAUACGUGAAAGACAACACAAGAGACAUACAAAGUCCAAUUAAGUUUCGCCUUAACUAUACAUUGGUUGAGCCAGCAUUACCGAAUUCCGGAUUGGAAUCGUUGUUUCCAAUAUUAGAUCAAACUCAGGCUGAUCGUCCAUUUGAUGCAACGUUUCAAAAAGACUGUGGAACGGAUGACGUAUGCGAAUCUCAACUUGAAGUUUAUGCAGACCUAGAACUUGAUCGCGAAGAUAAUCAGUUAACCUUAAUUCUGGGCAAGAACGAUGAGCUUCAUCUUACCGUCUUGGUUCUAAACGAAGAAGAUUCUGCAUAUGAAGCUCAACUAUUUGUUGAACAUCAACACAGCGUCACUUAUAUUGCUGCUAUAAAAGGACAAGUGAUCUGUAAUCGGUUAAGUACGACUGUCGUGUCAUGCAAUUUAGGUAAUCCACUUCCUCGAAAUGGUACGGCUAGAGUUACGCUUCGAUUUGAUCCAAGCAGCUUAGAGGAUUCAGCUCCAUCAUUGUCUUUCAAAGUUUUUGCAAAUUCAACAUCUAAACAAAUAAUUCCACGCGAAAAGACUAUUUUGACGGCAAAGGUAGUUAAGCAAGCUGAACUAAGCAUUAAGGGCUGGGCGCUACCAGAACAAUCGUUUUAUGGUGGUGAAAUUAAAGGUGAAAGCGCUAUAGAAUAUAUGGACGAUAUUGGCACUUCGGUGCAACACACAUAUCAAAUAUACAAUGAUGGACCAUGGAGGGCACCCUAUCUAGAAGUAAAUAUAGCAUGGCCGCAUCAAGUGGCAAAUGAUAAAGAACAAGGAAAAUGGUUAUUGUAUUUGGAAGAUCGACCAUUGAUCGAGGGAGGUGGUGGCGGCGAAUGUGAAAUCAAAUCAGACAAUAUAUUCAAUCCGCUAAAAAUAGCUAAAGGAACAAGAAACCGUGAUUUUCUUAACAUUGCACCCGACGAGUAUAGGCGCUUUGCUAAUAUUAACAAGACAAUCUCAGUGACCGGAAAAGGUUCUGAAAAGAAAGAUUUUUCGGAAUUUAAUAAAGGUGUUAAUAGAGUUCGACGAGAUAAAGCAAUGAUAAUUAGAGCUGAAAAACUGUUUGACAAGGACGGCAAAAAAACGGAAAUAGUUCAUAUGGACUGCGAAAAACUUACUGCAAAAUGUGUUCGAUUUAAAUGUGCCAUUUAUAAUAUGCAGAAAAAAUCUGAAGCAUACAUUCAUGUCAAGGCGAGAUUGUGGAACUCAAGUCUCGUAUCCGAUUAUCCACGUGUCGAUCGCGUAGACAUAGUUUCUUAUGCUCAAAUAAAACUGCCGGACGCGUACGGUAUUGUUCAACGAAAGGAUGAUGACCGAAUUUCUGUAGAAACUCGUGCAUAUCCAGAGCUCCUUGACCAGAAUGGUGACGUUAGUAUCCCUUGGUGGAUAUACUUCAUCUCAAUUGCUGGUGGAAUAUUACUUCUCCUUUUGAUGUCAUACUUCUUAUGGAGAUUAGGAUUUUUCAAACGAAAACGACCCGACCCAACAUUAAGUGGAAAUUUAGAAAAAAGCAGUGAAAAUAAACAUUUACUUAAAAAUAAAACAUAAUUUAGUCAG